AUGGCGCAUGGCCCUCGAGGUCGAGGCAGAGAUGCCGACACCUCACGGCACAUUCUUGACCAAGGCCAAGCACGACAAAGCAUGCAGCAAACAGACCACUUAAGUGAAGACAUGGAUAAGAUGCGCCUUGCCACACCAGAUGCUUCACAGGACGACCUUGACGGCGUCACACACUAUGGCAAUACGCAAGCUAUCAUCUUGCCCUUCUACCGCACUUCAGACGGCCUGGUUGCUAGAUUCUCUCCUCGACCGGUCUACAUGCGACCUGAAGACCGAAUAACAGCACGAAAGACGAAGCAAGACAGAGUCCGGGUCUACACAGCAAGACUCGAGACGGACGACUACACCAGAGAUCGUCCGGCAAGCUGUGCUCCUGCUCGCGAGGCACUCGCGAAGUAUGGCCGACAUCGAAUCUUGUACAACGAGCGUGUUCACGCGAGCAACUACCCCUUCCAACGUACCAGAUCCAAGUUCCUGGAGCUCCCGGGAGAGCUGCGAAACCGUAUAUAUCGUCUUACGCUUGUGCUUGAGCAACCUGUGGAGUGGGCACCGAAAGCUGGUGACGAGUAUGAGGUCAAAUCCGCAUACCACAUGGCACACGAACAUCGGAAGAAGCUGCAAGGCGUCCUCAAUAUUGCGCGAGUCAACAAACAGAUCAAUCGCGAAGCUACCGACAUCUUUUACGGGGAGAACCAAUUCCGCUUCACCAACUCUCUCGGCUGGUAUGUCCUGCACUCUUUCCUAACGAUGAUUGGGCACAAGAAUGCGGCGCGCCUUGGUCAUCUGACGGUCUGCGUGCCUUGGAGAGGUCACGACGAGGACGUUGAUUCGUGGGAUUCUUCCGUGGUUCAUGGCACGGACUCAGGUGCACGCCAACGCCCGGCUGCUAUCAGGAAGGUCGAUUUACCCAUCAAAGCUACAGCACCACUCCGCUUCGAGCAGGCCCGUCUCGCAUGCAUACAGAUUCUCCAGCAGUGCGUAGAUCUUCGAGUCCUACGAAUCGCUCUGCCGCAUACCUGCCGCUUCGAAGACGUACCAUCGCUGCCUCGUCGCUACUGGUUGAGCCGCGGUCAAGUCACAGGCUUGGCUGUCAAAACUCAAUUAGUUCACCUCGCCAGAUCGGACCAGGACGACGAAAAGGACUCUCGUGAUUGGGAGAUCUGCCAUGUGGACGAGAAAUCAGAGAAAGAGUAUACCUCACAACAAUUGGCUGCUAGGUUUGGCUGGGGGUUUGUGAUGGCCAGGGACGAUUGGUACGGUCGCUACAAAGUCGCAGAAGAUGCCUAG